AUGAUGAAUAUUACUGAAAGAGCAGACAGUAGUAGGAGAACUUUGGAAGAUCAUAGUCCCAUCAACACAUUUCCUAGUUCUGCUAGCGUUCGGGCGUCAGAAUAUUGUCCCUCGCCCAGUCAAUCAAGGAAAAGGUACGAAUGUGUUCCAGAACCUAUGAAGAAGACUCCAGAUUACAUCAACAAAAGAAUUCGAAACAGAAGUGCCGUUAAGCGGUUUCGUGAAAAAUCAAAAACAAAAGCCAAGAGACAGGAAGACGUAAAGGCUCAUUUAAUUUCAUUAACAAAAUUUUAUGAUAAUGAAUUAGUCCGAAUAAAACAUUCAAAGCAGCAACUUGAACUGCUGUUAUAUCAACAUGCUGCUCAUAAAAACAUUAUUAGUCAACUUAAUGAAAUUUUAAGUCUUGAAGCCCAAGCCCGAUUAAAAUUUCAAAAACAAAUUGCUAGUGUUCAGGAGUUGUCUACUUCAUAUAUAGAGCAUUUGGUCGACUAG